CCGGUUUUCCCUGGUUCAACUUGACUCCGGUUUGUCAGUGGGAACCGGACCGGAUAACGACGUCGUUUUGUUUGGUGGGCUUGAGAAUUGUAGGCAUUGGUCAAACGCAGUGCUCUCUCUUUGUCGACAACAAAAAUGAAGCUCUCGUCGUCUGUGUCUGCAUCGGGCAUCCUCAGCCACUCCGCCGCCGCCGGUCAGCUACUCAAACUUCGUCCUUGUUUUAGGGUUUCAAUUCAUCGGAGAGGAUCGAUCGUUUCUUCUUCUUCUUCUUCUUCUUUUUCUUCUCCUCCUCAAUUCUUGCGGAUGGAACCUCAAUCCCUGCCUCUUCAAUCUCUCGCUUGCGCUUCUGCCCCCGGAAAAAAUGGUGCUCCGGCGACAUCUUCUUCUCCUGUUGAUCCUGCUCGAAUCGGGGAAGUGAGGAGAGAGACGAAAGAGACGAAUGUGUCGGUGAAGAUAAACUUGGAUGGAACUGGAGUUGCAGACAGCUCCACUGGAAUUCCUUUCCUCGAUCAUAUGUUAGAUCAACUUGCUUCGCAUGGCUUGUUUGAUGUGCACGUAAGGGCUAAAGGUGACAUCCACAUCGAUGAUCAUCACACAAAUGAAGAUGUUGCCCUUUCCAUUGGAACGGCUCUGUUAGAGGCACUCGGUGAUCGUAAAGGGAUUAACCGAUUUGGUGAUUUUACUGCUCCUCUUGACGAAGCGCUGAUACAUGUUUCCCUGGAUCUAUCUGGUCGGCCAUAUCUAGGUUUCAACCUCGACAUUCCAACCGAGAGAGUUGGAACUUAUGACACUCAGUUGGUGGAGCAUUUCUUCCAGUCAUUGGUGAAUACUUCCGGCAUGACGCUUCACAUCCGACAGCUUGCAGGUAAAAACUCUCACCACAUAAUAGAGGCAACCUUUAAGGCCUUUGCUAGGGCUCUUCGGCAAGCAACGGAAUACGAUCCACGCCGCCGUGGGACAAUCCCGAGUUCAAAAGGAGUGUUGUCACGUUCGUGAAACAAACGAGACGAUGCGAGAUGGCGAAGGGGAUUCGAUCAUCAAUGGUGAUGAUCUGUUUUAUCUUUGGUUUAUGAUUCGGUUCUUCGACUUCAAUAACUUUCUUGAGCAUCUGAUUACAAUGAGCAAGAUGUGUAUAGCUAGUUCUUCGUAUAUGGCUCGUGAAGAGGAUUUCAACCUCAUAUAUGGUUCGAAUCUUUCAGCCUAUGUACCAUUAAAUCCGAAGCCUUGUUGUUUCAGACAAGUUCUGUCUCUUUGCAUUUUUUCAGAACUAAAAAAGAGUUCCGGUUCA